UUUGCUCCAAAGCGGCUACGCACGAGAAGAGGGAGGUAGGUGCCAUCUGCCAUGUCGACGACGGCGCACAAGGUGGCGACGCAGGCGGCGUCGGCGGCGGGGGCGAGAAUGAAGGGUCGGCGGCCGCCGAGCGUGGUGAAGGAGAUCGUGUACGGGAUGAGCCUGGGGCUCUUCGCGGGGUACCUGUGGAAGCUGCACCACUGGAGCAACCAGCGCCGCACCCGCGAGUUCUACGCCCUGCUCGACGAGGGCAGGAUCACAGUCGUCGUCGACGAGCCGGCCGGAGCCAAGGAUUAGCCGCAUCCAUAGUUUCACCUACCUACUAGGAGAGGUGUUUUCAGCCCGUGCUUCCACAGAUCAGUAGGACAGCAGCGGUUUGGCUUGUUUUGUUUAGCUAGCUAGCUAGCUCAGCUCUGUUCUUUUCUUCCUCGUGUCACUCUGUAAUGUGUACUGCACUGCAGCUCUGCUGCCUGCCUUUGUCUCGUUGCCGAUCGAAGAGAAUAAACUGAUGCGUGUCAUUCAUCAGUA